UACACUGCAUGCUGAGAAGGUAACCGCUCCACCAGCUCCACCGCCACAUACCGAUGGCAUUUCAGAAAAGAAAUAUCCAUGUUGGCUGCAUGUUCGGUUGGAGCCUAGUGGAUUGUCAUUGAAAGUUGCUAAGGGAUUCAUGGUGAAGGAGCAAUAUUUGAAGAAUGGCAAGUUCUCAGUCCAGGGUUCUGAUUUCCUCUACAAGGAUUAUCGUCGGGUUUUCAUCGAUGAAGUCUAUGUAGAAAAUGCCCGUCUUCCAUGUCCCGUCGUUCAAAAUGGAUACACCACUGUAGGUCAUGCUGUAGGACUUUAUGUAGCAUGGCUAAAGGACUACAUUACGCCAGUUGGAGUAGAGUUGACGCAACGCCCCAAUAACCAAAUGCAGAAGAAGCCACCUGUGAGUGGAAAAGGACAAGUAUCUGAAGAAUUACUUGGUCCUCGAACACAACCUCAAAAAAUACCAGAGAGGCCAACAGUGUAA